AUGGCUUCACUCCUCAAAUCCCUCCUCUCAUCGCGCAUCUCAGUCUUCACCUCAGCCUUCCUGCUUCGGGCCGUCCUGCUCGUCUAUGGAAUAUAUCAAGACUCGGUUUCCGCCCUGAAAUACACAGACAUCGACUACUACGUCUUCACAGACGCCGCCCGCGCCGUGUCCAGGCACGCGUCCCCUUACGAUCGUGCUACAUACCGAUACACUCCCCUUCUAGCAUGGAUCCUGCUGCCCACCAGCUGGGGAGGACUUUGGUUUCAUUUUGGAAAGGCAUUGUUUGCUCUGUCUGAUCUCAUCGCUGGAUGGCUCAUUCUCAGGCUUUUGAAGAGACAGGGUUUGGGAGAGCAACGGGCUCUGAGAUACGCGGCCGUGUGGCUCCUGAACCCGAUGGUCGCAAACAUCAGUACACGCGGAAGCAGUGAAGGUCUCCUCUGCGUUCUGGUCAUGGCUCUGCUCUGGGCGUUCGAGACCAAGAAAACUGUUUUGUCAGGUCUGCUGCUGGGGAUGUGUGUCCAUUUCAAGAUAUACCCUUUCAUUUACGGAGCGAGCAUGCUGUGGGCGCUGGAGACCUCUUCUUCCUCUACAACAAACACAUUGCAAGUUGUCUUCCAAUUCUUCAACGAGAGCCGCGUUUUGCUGCUUCUGACCUCGAUUUCAACCUUUGCAGCCCUCAACCUGCUCAUGUACAAUAUCUACGGCUUCCCGUUCCUCCAACACACGUUCCUCCAUCACUUGACUCGAAUUGACCACCGGCACAAUUUCUCCCCGUACAAUACACUUCUUUACCUCUCCUCGGCGCAGGCAGCCAACCCAACACUUGCCCAUCUGCGCUCCUCAAUCUCCUUCGAAUCCUUGGCCUUCAUUCCCCAACUCCUCCUCUCCACGAUCCUCAUCCCCAUUGGUCUGGCGAAGCGCGAUCUUCCAACAACCAUGUUGGCCCAAACCCUCGCCUUCGUGACCUUCAACAAAGUCUGCACAUCCCAGUACUUCCUCUGGUAUCUCAUAUUCCUGCCACUAUACCUGCCCAAUUCGUCAUUACUCGCGAGGCCCUCGCUGGGGAUAACGGCACUGGCACUCUGGGUCCUCGGGCAGGCGAUCUGGUUACAGCAGGGCUAUCAACUCGAGUUCUUGGGCAAGAGUACGUUUGCCCCGGGCCUCUUUGCGGCAAGUCUCGCUUUCUUCGGGAUUAAUUGUUGGAUAUUGGGGAUCGUGGUGGGCGAUGUCGUUGACAGGUCCACAACUUCGAAGAUGGCCACCACCAUCACCACUACCACCUCGCAACGAGGGCCCGAAACCUCAUCAUCCUCUCCGACAACAGCCUCUGGACCGGCGGGCACUACUACCGCGAACGUCUCUGAGCUUAAGGCACGGUCAACCCGCGACAACAGGCGGCGUGGGAAUGCUAGUAUCGACACGAGCGGCAUGGCCCAUGUGCAUUUAGGGCCGAGGGAUCGAGUCUUGAAAAGUAAUUGA